AUGAGUGAACAAAACUGGAGGAAUUUAUCUAAUGAAUUGAGGCGUAGGGCAGCACAAGCAAGAGGUCCUGGUGGAUCUGGUGGAAAACCACCUGUUCGUGCUCUUACAGGAAUUGGUGGCUUGUUACUUUUGGGUGGUGUCACUAUUCUUGCUCAGAAUGCAUUAUUCAACGUUGAUGGUGGUCAAAGAGCUAUAGUUUAUUCCAGAAUUAAUGGAGUUCAACCUCGUAUAUACCCUGAAGGUACUCAUUUUGUGAUUCCCUGGUUUCAAAGGCCAAUAGUAUAUGAUGUUAGGGCAAAACCAAGAAAUGUUGCAUCUUUGACAGGCACCAAAGAUUUACAAAUGGUCAACAUCACAUGCAGAGUUUUAUUCAAACCGGAUGUUUUCCAAUUACCAAAUAUAUAUCGUACUUUAGGAGUUGACUAUGAUGAGAAAGUGUUACCAUCUAUUGUUAACGAAGUGUUGAAGUCGGUUGUAGCUCAAUUCAAUGCAUCCCAAUUGAUAACACAGAGAGAGAAAGUUAGCAGAUUAGUGAAAGAAAAUUUGAUCCGUCGUGCAAGCAAGUUCAAUAUCGCCUUGGAUGAUGUUUCUUUAACAUUCAUGACAUUUUCUCCUGAAUUUAGUGCUGCGGUGGAGGCCAAACAAAUUGCUCAACAAGAUGCUCAAAGAGCAGCUUUUGUUGUUGAUAAAGCAAUUCAAGAAAAGCAGCAGUUGGUGGUCAAAGCCGCAGGUGAAGCAAAAUCUGCAGAAUUAGUUGGUGAAGCGAUAAAGAAAUCUAGGGAUUAUGUUGAAUUGAAGAGGUUAGAUACUGCCAGAGAGAUUGCCGCAAUAUUAGCAAACUCACCGAACAGGAUCUUAUUGGAUAAUGAUACAUUGUUGUUGAAUACUGUUACUGAUGGACGUAAAUUUUGA